CAGUCCAAGCCACGUGGCUGGAGAAUCUGGUUCAAGGGAACGCUUCAAGUCACCUUAAUUUCACGGAUUUGGAUGGUGCGCGCCCAUUGUGUAGCCUUUUUAGUGACCUUCCGAGUUGGACUACUUAACUUGAGAGGCCAUUAUGAAUCCGGUCCACGAUCCUGCUUCUGAUGCCCCAGAACCCACGGCUCCUGGCCCUCCAACCUUUGAACUUCCGGCCUUUGUCAUCCGACGAACGGCCAUUAGUGUGUCGAAUGAACUAUUGACACACUCCGAGGAUAUGAUGAUGGGGCGUGAGCUCAGCACUGGCCUCAAAGCCUGGUUUCACGAGGAGCUCAAAAUUAGGCCCGAUAUUGCUACUUGGCAAGUGGCCUUAGGGCUUAUCCACGCCCCGGCGCGUUUCCCGGUCCCGCUACGUCAUAUCGAAAACCUGACCGACGAUGAGCUCGCUCACUUGACGUAUACCGCCCGCCGUUACAAGCUCGAAUUUGUUAGAAAUCAUGAACAAGGCCAAUGGAUGGGUUAUUGGGCGACGGUCAGAGCUAGAUUGGAUCGCGAUAACAUCCGCCAAGGAGAAAGAACUAUGUUGGUCGCUCAUCGUCUUUACAUGGAAUGCGUUUAUCAGGUCCUUCGCGUCAUGCGGGCCAAUUUGACGGUGUUAAAGCAUGUUUUGCGUGGAAGAAGGGCUAAUGCAAACUUCAAGCCAGGACUAUCUUUUAGACAAUUUGACAUCUACGCCGACUUGUAUCAAUCCCAGUACUUUGCCUUACCGGAUAAAGAAAAUCGUGAAGAAACGGCGUUCUUGUUCGCGGAACUCUUGGAGCUCAAAAUUAAGCGUAUCAACUGCAAGCCACCUGCCAGAACUCGCCCCGUCCGCGUUGUAGGCCAACAUUCGAAUGGACGACCCUUUCACCCCGGAGCAGUGUUCUCAGCCUCGCUCGACACUGACAAAUCAAACCCGUCGAAUGGGAAUGGCGAGACUCUCAAACUGGAAAAGGUCACGGGAGGUCCAACCCUAGAGCGGACCCUAUGAGCAAGUUUCCAUGGAUGCUUCCAGGUUCUCAGGGCGUAGGGUGGACUGACCUUUUUGCUUUAGUAUGCCGUUUGAAGGGUACAAUUAAGUUGCCGCCCCUUCCCCUCUUUGAAGUGUACGUAUGCUGACCUGGAGUACGUACGACCGAUCUUAAUCAUGCAACCUAUUGCCACCAGAAUCAAAGGAUUUUCGUAACGGAGUUUUGAACGUAUGUUAAAUGUGAUUGUGACCGAUGGUAAAUUAAUACAUGAUCAAGAUUGAUUAAAGAGAUGUGAGAAGAA